AUGGCCCCGCAGCCCAGCCAUAGCCACCUGCCCGUGCGGCCCGUGCUGCUGGACCCGCAGCUGGCCGUCGUGCACCAGUGCGGGCUCACGUUCUCGCCCGUCAAGCGCGGCUCGCGCGACAUCCUCGACACGCUCAAGCACCAGUGCGACUCCGCGCCGCGCGCCGUCUCCAUGGGCGAGUACGUGCCCAGCCCGCGCACGACGGCGGGCCACGUGCAGGGCUUCGCCAGAGAGUCGGACUACCUGCUGGCCGAGCCCUCGAUCUGGGGCUCCACGUUCACGCUGACCAACACCAUCCUGGGCUCGGGCACGCUGGCCGUGCCGUUCGCCAUCGCGUCCAGCGGCUGGCUGCUGGGCAACGCCAUCACGCUGGCUAUUGCCAUGAUCACGCGCUACUCGGUGCACCUGCUGCUGUCUGCCAGCGACCGCGCGGGCAACAACUGCGCCAAGACGUACGAGAGUUUGGGGCACUUUACUAUGGGCGCGGUGGGCACGUGGCUGGCCGAAUUUACGUUCAUCUUCGGCGGUUUUGGUACGCUCGUGAGCUACCUCAUCUUCGUCACGGACCUGUGCGCAGCGGUGCUGGCCGUCUCGGCGCAGAACAAGUGGAUGAUCACAGUUAUUCUCGUUGCCUCGGUGGUCUUCCCGCUGUCGCUGAGCCGCCGUAUUGGCAAACUGUGGCUGGCCUCGGUGCUCGCCAUUCUCUCCAUCGGUUACGUCGUGGCGUUUGUUCUCGUGGCGUUCCUGGCUGCGUAUAAUGCUGAAGGCGCGACUAUUGCGCCUGGAGUGCAGGCUGUUCGACUGGAGCCCGGUAGUGUCUACACUGUCACGCUGCUGAUCUCCGCGUUCGCGUGCCACAACACGGCGCUGCCCGUCUACGAAGAGCUGAAGGAUCGUACGCUGCCCCGAAUGAACCGAGCUGUCGUUGGAGCCAUCAGCGUCGCGUUCGUGCUGUACGAGAUCAUCUCGCUGUGCGGAUACCUUCAGUUCGGAGCGGAGACCAAGGACAACAUCCUGCUCAACUUCUCGCCCGAGUACGUGGCGCAGCACAAGUCCGUCGCGGCACCGCUGCUGGUCGGCCAGCUCUGCAUGGCGCUGGCGCUUGUGCUCACUACGCCCAUUGCCAUGUGGCCCUUCCGUUCGUGCGUCCUGAGCGUCUACCUCCGCGUCAAGAACGGCGUGCAGACUCCGAGCCACGAGGCUUCAUACAAGGAGUACGUGGGCGUUACGGUGCUGAGCCUGGUGCUCAUCCUGACGUGCAGCAUCUUCGUGCCUUCGGUCAAGAUUCCGCUGAGCAUCGUGGGCUCCGUCUCGGGCUCGCUGCUGAUCUUCAUCAUGCCGGCGCUGUUCUUCCUGCUGCAGUCCAAGGGCCCCAUGCUGACGCGUGAACACGCUGGACCGCUGCUCAUGCUCAGCGCUGGCAUUGUCGUCGGCGUCCUCGGAUUGUCAUUGACAUUGUUCAAGCUGUACCGCGAAUAUUAUUAA